GUAUUUAUGUGCCUCCGGUUGAAAAUUUCCUCCGUUACUGCCUAUGUACAUUUGCUAAGACAAUUUACCAGGACACUCCAAAAAACUUCACAAGCCAAGAACAAAUUACUUGUCAGCUGACUAUCGGCUUUCCCAUCGAAUCAUCAACGAGUGGAACUCAUUACCUCGGCACUUGGUUGAGGCUUCAUCCGUCGAUUCUUUCAAAAGAAAGUUGGGUCAACUGAGAGACCACCAUUGCCAGGACUAAGACAGGCCAUCAGGCAUCCUGUCCUUCCCAAACUUAAACUUUAUAGGGAAGUGUGGGUAUUCUUCUGUAAUUCACUGACAAACUAUGUAUAGCCUUUGAUGUCGUGAGAAUCCGACUUGUGACAUAUUGUAUCAGGUCUUAUGUCCUCUUCUUUAUAUGUUUCACUAGAUAGGUUAUUCUCUUCUAAAAAUUUGUAGGAUGUCUUUCUGCACUAGUUUCUUGUCAUGUGGGAUAUCAUAAGUUUAUGUAUUCAAAUAAAUAUGCCGUCUUAAAGCUAACCAUUCUUUACAUUCAUACCACAUAACCUUCAUCUCACUGUUAAUUGCCUGUCGUGGACCAGUAAUUUUUUAUGUUCUCUGGUCAUUUAUUUGGUUGAAUCGUUUACUCAAGCAAUGAUUUAGUUGGUUCAGCUUGACGAAAGCCACUAGUCUGAUCAGUGAACAGUUAAUAUGAAAGUCAAUAUUUUCUGUUUUUUCAUCCUCAGUUAGGUAGAAUGAAUGGUACGUCCUUGUCAACAGUUUUCAACCUUCAACUAAGUGUAAUAUGGUAAUCUAAUAGCAUUUUGUUAAUCUAUUUAGCCUAUAUCCUUUUUGUAGGUCCAAAUACACACUCAGACAAAACACAUUGUGUUUUCAAUUAAUCCUGGCGUGAAUUACUUAACACAUUCACCGGAUUCUUGGGUUCGAGCCACAUUAAGUAUAAGAGCUAAUGAUAUUAUUCGGUCGCCCAAACCGAGAUAGGUAGAGCAUGCUCUCAACGUGGGACUUAGUGGCCCGAAGUCAGAUCCCUUUAAAACUAAGCCACCACCCAAGUGUCCUAAAAGAAGCAAUUAUUUGAGCAAGAUCGAGAGCAACGUUAGUCAUUUCUACAGUCUAAGCUCCUAAGAUAAUAAAAUGACUGCAUAGUUUUAGGUAUUUUUUCACGUUUGGUUUGAGACUUUAGAUAAAUAUAUGUUAUAGAGCGGGGUCGAGUGGUGGUGAUUAUAAAAUAUAACCCGGUUGGAAACCUCAGUUUUUCCACAUAAGUCAAAGGAAAAUAUGCAUGGUUUGAAUGUCGUUUUUCAAAAUAUUUAUUUUAGAAAAAAAACAGUUAUCCGAGGAAAGAACUAUGUUUCUCUCGACUACUUCUAAAAUAGGAAGAUAUUACAGUUGGAAUUUUGUUUGCUCAGAAGGAUCAUUAAGUAUCACAUCCUUUUACGAUUUCUACCCGAGAUACUAUUGCAACGUGUGUGUUUACGUACCUGUUAGACUAACCAUGAUAUCAAUCCUGUGGUUCUUAAUUAUAUUAUUGCCAACUAGAUUUUUCUUUCUUUGGCUAACCAAAAAAUGCAAAAGAGCUUUUUUGUUAACCUCGGUGGCGUUACAUUAUUUUAUAUAUUAUACCACUUUUUUUCUCGUAUUUUUAUUAUUCCUUAUUCUUCAAGAAUUCCCGUUGUGAACCAAAAACAAAAUCUCAUUUUGAAUAAAAGUGGAGCAGAAUCUUUAGUGAAGAAAUCAUAAGCCAUUGGUGGUAAUGGAGUAAAUUUGUACUUCAAAAUGAUGCAAACUUUUAUAUCACAACGAAUUUGCUUCGGUUGUUCAAUUUUCUUAUUCCUCCUGGGAUCAAUAUUUUUAUAUGUACAUAUCUCCCGUUCUCAAAAUAUCCCGAACUUUUUGCGUAAACUCCCAUAUAAUGUGACGGAUUUGGGAAAUUUUGUUGUUUCACAACAACAAGAAUGUCCAAAAGAAAAUCCUCAUGCUAUUGGGCGUUUAAAAAUCGAAACUAAUGUGCCUACUUGGGAUUCCUUAAUGGAGAAAUAUACAUCAUCACCCUCUCAACGUAAAAUUAUCCUUUCAAAAGGUGGCACCUAUUCACAACCCAGUUUAAACCCUGUGGUGAUCCACAAUGGAUCUAUUAGUUCCCACAAUUACACCGAUUCAUUGGAGGAAUACGUCGGAUUGUGGCGUCCAAGUGUAUGUGAUCCAACUGAAAAGCUGGCUGUUAUUGUCCCGUACCGAAAUCGUGAUAUUCAUUUGCGUAUGUUUUUAGGACAUAUGCAUGCUUUUCUGCGUAACCAACUGCUUAUGUAUACCAUUUUCGUUAUAAAUCAAGACGGUGAAACUCAUUUCAAUCGUGCCCUCCUUCUGAAUGUUGGGUUUAUCGAGUCGAAACGGGUUACAAAUUUUGACUGCUUCAUAUUUCAUGAUGUGGAUUUAUUGCCUGAAGACGAUCGAAAUUCAUAUCGUUGUGCCAACCAACCGAGACACCUAUCUGUUGCUGUGGACAAGUUUAACUACCGUCUUCCUUAUCUUACGAUUUUCGGCGGAGCUGUGGCGUUCACCAAGAAACAGUUUGAAAAGGUUGGGGGAUUUUCAAAUAUGUAUUUUGGAUGGGGUGGAGAAGAUGACGACUUAUACGCUAGAGUAGUCUAUCAUAAUUACAGCGUUAUGCGUUACCCUGAAGAAAUCGCUCGUUACAGAAUGAUUAGUCAUAAGAAAGACCCAAAUAAUCCGGUCAAUCCUAAACGUAACGAACUUUUGAAGGAUGCAUCAAGUCGCUUUAAAACAGAUGGUUACUGGAAUGCGAAUUAUACGCUACUGGAGUCUUACCCUGCUUACAAUGGCCUGUUUUACUGGGUGUCGAUCACUCCAUAAAUGGGUGAGAAGAUUCAGCACAUUCCGAUUAUUUGUGCUGUCACAGAAUACUCCGUAUACGAAGAUCACAUCGUUCACCGAAUUCCCCAUGAUUUUUUUACUCAAUGACUUUUCCUACUUCUACUUUCAUUUUGUCCAGUUUCCAUAAUGUUUUCCAACUAUUAUUUUAGAUUUUGUAUAUUUUACACAAAAUGCUGUUCCAUUUUUCUCAACGUCUAAUUUCUGGAUUCAUAAUUUUUUUAAAACAAAUUAGACAAUCUGUAAAUGCUGUUUAGUUAAAAAAAUAUGUUGUAAUUGUUUACGUUUAUAUUUUACCGUUAGUUCCAUUGAUAAAAAGGUAGUUACUGUUCAAUUUUAAAGAUCUUCAUUGUAUGCCAUAGCAACAGGAGCAUUGCGAAAAGAUCUGUUUCCAUGAUCAUCAGAUAAGACUUAAUGCUCCAUGGAUUUGUUUCUGUCACUUGUGUAGUUGUAGGAUUUUUCUUUGAUAGAUUAACAUUAUCAGCAUAAGCAGCCAAAACUUGUAAUUGGCAAUUCGAUCGGAAACAUUGAAAAAUCGAUUGGUCAAAUAUAAGUCGAUUGAUUGUAAUAUCGCCGAGCAUUAACUUGUUAAUUUAUUGCAAACAAUUAGUAUUCAGUAUUUCCUAUGUUUAAAAAUAUCAACGUUGGAUUGUGGAAGAAAUUUGAACAAGAUUGAUGGUGUUUAAUAUUAGUUCGACGUUUAAAAUACGUUAUCUUGCAGUUGGGAUGUGAAUUUACCCAAAACCUUUGCUUUUUCUACACAGGUCCAAAUUAAAGACUCUUAUAAAUAUUCACUCAGCUCCAUAAUUUAUUAUUCUUGACCAAAUUAACUCAAAUUCAACUCUAUCUAAUAUGCUUAACAUAAAAUAUAACAAUGUUUAUCAGGCUUUCUUCUGUGCGAAUAGCGUAUUUUUAUCACAGGUAAAUGGGUUAACUGAUUUUAGCAAUUACUUGCACAACCACCAAAUUUUCCAUGGUGUUCUAGCUUUAAUCGACUCAUGAAUUCACUUAAUAAAUACAUUACUUCAUCAAAUGAAUUGUAUUAAAUUCUGUUUUCUUUUUAGAAUGAGUAUUUGCUCUAAAUUGUAAAUGUCGUUUGUGUCUAUUUUCUAGUAACAUUUAAAGAACAUUAAUUUUUGUGUUUUCACUUUUUUAUUUUUUCUAAAACAUCUUAGUUUAAACUUUUGAUGUGCUUACAUUUUUAUACUGAUUAAUGUUUGACUGAGUUAUCAGAAAUAAAACAGAAAAAAAACUAUAUGUAAUAUCAAAAAUAGAUAGUAGUUGAUUGUUAGUCAAGCUGAAAAAAACUAUAGAAAAGUAAUAUAUUUUUGUCAAACUUGUAUGAAUAACAAAGUUUUGAAAAAUCAGCUACGAAACCAAGUUUGAAUAUAAGUUCACAUAUUUUGCUGUAUUUGUGACAUUAGAUGAAAAGAUAAAUCAAACUGCUCAAUCAGUGCCAUUUUCGAGAUUAUUUUCACGUUUUACUUGUUAUGUGGUGUGUGCUUUUUAUGUAUGUCGAUAUAAGCAGUAUGUAACACGAACCAGAAGUAGAAUGUUUAGCAAUUUACCUGCUCUUGUGGAGCUAGGUAUAUAGGUCGUUCGAUGCGUACUUUAUCCAAAAGAAUUCAAGAACAUUGUCCGGCGUGGCUAAGAAGAGGAGGCAGCGGCUCAAUAAGAAGUUCUAUAAUCGAACACCUUGUGAACACAGGUCACUCAAUCAAGACAGACUCUGCGUUCAAAGUCAUCUACAAGGUAAGUAGAAGCCUUCCUAAGACAAUUAGACUACAUCUUCUUUGCAUUGCCGAGGCAAUAGUCAUACAUUUUGAAAAACCAGAAUUAUGUGUACAAAAGAGACUGGUACAACCUCUUCUUUUACCAUGGUCUUAAUGUAUUAAAAUUUUUCUCUUUCUCAUUACUCUUGUUCUUUUACAGCCACCUGCUUCACCUUCCAUCUUCCCUUCAAAUCUUGUACCCCCAACCGGUUUGUUUUUAUUUCAACGAUCAUUCCGAUCACAUUUCAUCUCUGUUUCAACAUUUUAUGUUAUUUUAUCAUGCUGAGCUACUCUUACCCGAUGAAUAUCUAAGCCAUUAACUAUCAAACUUUCCUUGUUUUUAAAAAUUUUUUUCUAAUACCUUUGUUUAUUUAACCUCACUGUCACCAUGUAUAUCACAAGUUUAUUAUCAGUAUUAUUAUCACCCUGUAAAAAUAAGUAUAUAUAUUUGCGAUUGUACAGCUUUGAAAAUGAAUUCGCCGAAAAGAGAACUCUUCGCUGAACUAAUCUUUCUUUCUUAUAGAAUGUUUAGCAGCAGAAAGUUAAGAAGAUCGUGUUGAAGAGAAUAGGAAUGUAAACAGGGAGGAACUGUAAUAACAGGAAUGAAGGAAUGAUGACGUUUGUAAGAGACAAUUGAUGGAAUAUGUGACAAUAAAGUAUUUGAUGUAUGGUUUUCGUAUUUUAUGAAAGCACUGUGUAAUUUUGCAUUAAUCUAUACAUACUCGGCUACCCCAUCUGAUUGUCCGUGCACUACGAUUAUGAUAUAUAUGUGAAUUAUAUUCAAGUACACUAGUGAAGUUAUUUCUGAGUUACCAGUCAGGC